AUGUCUGAUAAAAGCAAACUUCAUUAUUACUUUGUGGCCAAAUCAACAUCCUCAAAUGAAACAUGUACUACACAUAGUAUUACAACGAUGGAUAAAGACGUCGUUGAUACGAAUGAAAUAACAGUAUUGAAUGAAAUCGAUGGCAAUGCAUUAACAACAUCAUCUUUAUCGAUCUUUCCCUGUUUUGAGUCUCAAAGUCAAGAUAGUGGAAAUUCAGAUAUCGAAAACAGACUCACAACAACUACAACAACAGAAAUCAAUCGUGAACCAUUCUCUGACUGUUCUCAACUUAAUCCAUUUAAACGAGAUCCUGGUCGAGGUCCAGGAGCAGCUCGAGAAUUUUUGUUAUUAGGUCCAUAUCAACCGAUUACUAUGUUUCCAACCAUUAACCAUCGUCAUUUUUGUCCUAAUUGGUAUAAAGUUUACAGUUGGCUUGAAUUUAGCGAGAUGACUAAAAAGGCAUACUGUUUUGUUUGUCGACUUGCUUAUUCACAUGGAUAUUGUGAGGAUGCUUUUACAAAAAAUGGCUUCCAGAAUUGGUCAAUGACUAUUAAAAAAUUUGAUAAACAUCAAGCAAGUUCCGCUCAUAAGCAUGCUUAUGAUUCAUACGUUAAUGCUGUUAAAAAUCAUAAAGAGAAUAUGGAUGUGGUCAAAUUAAUGGACAUUAAACAUAAAAAAAAAAACAUCGGAAAAUCGAAAUUAUCUCAAAGAGAUAAUUCGAACAAUUGUAAUCUUCUUGAAUUAUUAGAAUUUCGAAGUGUCGAAAAUGAAUUAAUUAAAAAAAAGUUAAAUUCAUUAAAAUACACACAUCAUUCUAUUCAAAACGAGAUAUUAUCCAUAAUACAACAACAUAUUUUAUCACAAAUUGUACUUGAAAUUAAAACUUCCACAUAUUAUUCAAUUAUGAUUGAUGAAACUUCAGACAUAUCACGUCAUGAACAAGUUUCUUUAGUUAUUCUGGAUGUAUCCGAAGCUGUUGUAGAUGUUCGUAAUUGUUUUGGUGUUGUGAAAUCACUCUAUAAUUUUAUUGAAGCAUCACCCAAACGACAUCAAGUUUUUGAAGAUUUACAAAAAACGCGAAUUUAA